AUGGCGAGCACCAAUAAGAAGCUCAAGUCCUUGACAUCCAUGGCGUCGUUUCUCCUUCUCGCCGCGGCCAUGGCGGGCACCACCAACGCCGACGCCGGCUUCGUGUCCCGCACGUGCCAGAAGACCAAGAAGGCGACCCAAUGCGUCUCCGUCCUGAGCGCCGACCCAGACAGCGCCUCCAAGGCCACGACGGAGAGCGACCUGGCGGGGAUCGCGCUGCGGCUCGCCACCGCCACGGCGGGGGACGCCGCCGCGGCCGCCAUUGACGAGCUCGCGAAGGGCAACCCCCCGGGCACGCCGCUGGGGGACGCCCUGGGCGCCUGCCGCGGUGCCUACUUCAACGCCGCCGGCGUCCUGAAGCUCGACGCGCGCCAGAGCUUCGACGGAGGGGACUACGCCGUGGCGUCCCAGCUCGUGGCCGGCGCCGGGCGCGCCGGCGCCGAGUGCGACUCCGCGUUCCCGUUCGUCGGCGUCGCGCCGGCGCCGGAGCUCAUGGCGAAGGUCGACCGCGACAUGACGGAGAGAUGCGCCAUCGCGGAGGAGCUCAUCGAGCUGCUCGUCGGUCGUCGCUAA